UUGAGUAUAAAACAUCCAUUCCCAACAGAAACGCUCCAUACCAGUCUGGGUGUAACGUUGGCCACUGAGUUUGCAAAGUAACCAAAAGCAACUGCAGCAGAAAUUGUGUAUUAAACACAAUGUCCAUCUUCUGGAGCUUGGUAAAUGUUUCUAAAGGACAACAUUUCACCGUAAUGUUGUGCGUCCUGAGUUUGGUCGUCUCUCCAAAGCCAGAAUGGAAACAGGGAACACUUUCUAGGAAAUUAGGGACGGUGUAAGUGAAAAGUAACAACAAGGCAAAAAUCUACAAAAGUUGCAAAACAGGGAAUCCUGGAAGCACUCAGUAGGUCAGACAGCAUCUGCGGAGAGAGAAGCACGGCUGCAUUUAUCAGUCCAAUGGAGCUGUCACUGUUCUGAAGAAAGCAUGGAUGCCACCAAAGCUUCAAACACCAAUACCACAGGUGCAUAUCCAGAAGACACCAACUCAACAUAUAAACCCGACACUGCCAUAAAAGAGACAAAGCCUUCUGUUCCAAACAAUUUCCCUGAGGAAUCCUCCACAGCCCCCAAAAUAAUUCAGAACGGUGAUGGACGUAUUGUCUCUGAGGGAACCCAAGCGAAUUCAGAUACCAUACCAGCCACUGAUUCAUUCAACAGAGUUAAAGAAAAAUACAAAAUGCAGGGUGAAGAGCCCCAGUCUGACCACCCUGUGGUGUUCACCACUUUACUUGUCACUGGGCUACUGGCUGCUACAGGGAUACUGGCUGGGUCCUACUACUCCUACAAGAAGAAGAAGACUGCCCCGUGCACGAGACUGGCCGAGGAAGCUGAUGCACUGGAUCAUGACAGCGUAAUGUUUUCUGGUGCUUCAGAGGACCAGUCAGAUGCACAUGAUAAGCCCAAAGUGAACGGAGAAGCCCAGGAGAAGGGAGAGAACACCAAGCCUGCAACAGGAGGAGCAACAGGGGAGAGCCAAGUGAAGAAAGGGAAAGAGGAGGGGGACACCGAGCUCUAGAGCAAGGUGUCUGACCUCACCGAAGGUACUAUACCUUUGACUAAAGGAACUUGGCAUAAAGCAUUUGAUUUUAAAACAAAGUUAAAAGGCUUGCUCACAAAGGUUAGGGUUAGGGGUAAGACAGUUCAGCUUGGACCUAGUUAACAGUCCAGAGUGGAAGAUGCCUUCACUCUGAGAGGUGGUGAGGUACCAGUUCAACUCAUUCUGAACAGAAAGUAACUGAGCUGGUGAUUGCAUGAAGGGAGUGUACCUGAUCAGUGGAGUGGGAGGCAGUUACAAAGGGGUGACCUACCGUGAAGGCGGGUUAAUACCUUCACUGAGUGUAGAGUGGUGAAAUCUCCUCUUCCCAUCUCUCUCAGACCUCAGCUCCAUGGGCUUAGUUACAGAAAGAACCAUCUCAUCUCAUCCACACACUCAGACAGUUCCCCAGUCACUCAACAACACUGGAAGGUUAACCAGCCACUGGACAGUGCUCUUAAUGAGCAUGUUAUGUCUGCAACCCAUGUGGAUGGAGGAGUUGGCCCCAUUUCCCCUCUGCUCCUACAUGAGCUGAGGUGAGAAUCCUCCAUAGAUCCAAAACCACCAGGUCAGCGUGCCUGGUGGAUUCAUGGACACUUGGGACAAUUCCUUCCUUUGUGAAUAUAUUGGUCCUCCAGGAACUGGCUGCCACACCUAGAGACUAACGGGAGCCCGUCCCUGCAGGAGGACCGGGAACUGCAUCUGCCAGACAUUGGAAUCUUCUCCCACCACCUCUGAGCUGCUUUGCUUGGUUGGGUUCCCAGUUGGGAAGUGGUCCAAAGUGAAUUAAUCAGCAAAAGCUGACACCAAUGCAGUAGAACGAUUAGGAUGCACAUUAACACACCAACCAACACCAGGUCCUCCCCAGAAGCACACUGCCUGAACUGCCCCUUCACCACCCGCCCCGGAACCUACCUGGGAUGGUGCAACAGUGACGGGGGCAGGAACACAUCUCAGUGACUGCACUGGAUGGAUGUUCACUCAGGCAGCUCCGGGAACAAGGGACGUUUUCCUCAGUCCCUCUGCCCUCGGUCCCUCUGCCAUCAGUCCCUUCUUCCUCAGUCCCUUCCUCCCUCAGUCCCCACCUCCCUCAGCCCCCACCUGCCUCAGCCCCCACCUCCCUCAGUUGCCACCUCACGCUCCUCGGGAAAUUUGUGCCGGUCCCAGGGAGCGUCAGUUGUCCGCAGAAGGUGACUUUGGCCCAGCCUCGGGAGAGCUCCUGGCCCUGUGGCCAAGCUCUUCCAGUCCCUUUUAAAUAAAAUGCUUUACAGUCGGCUGUCUUGUUCCGAUAACGGACAUAGUACCAGAUCCCUGUGAACAGGAGCGUGUUCCACACACCCUACCUGGGAGUGUUAUAACAUCCUGUAAAUGGUUCAUAUCAAAUCAUCAUUGGAAUGUUGUAGAUGUAGAUACAAGCUAAUUUAAUGAUCACAGGAUAUUUUUCUUUACUGUGCUAAUUCAACACGUGUGACCACAGAACCAGAAAUGGCAGGAGCUCACUCGAUGGGGUAGGGAAUGUGAACUGCUUCCUGUGUCAAUGGACUGUGUUUUAACAUAAUGAGUUCAGGCUACCUGAAGAAAUCUAAAGGGAAAUUCAUCUCCUAACUCUUCAAACCCUCCUGCAAGGUUUUCUAUAGUCCUGUGUGUUUGAUUAUUGAACUGUAUAGAAUACAGACACUUGUAAUAAUGUGCCACUAAUCUUUGAUCUUCAGGCCAGACUUUAGAGAUGGUAAAAUAUGAAAUGCAUUGUUGCAUUUUUCUUCUGUCUGGGUGCUUUGAAAUAUGUUAAAUGCUUGUUUUUGAUUACAAAUGACAAAACAAUAUUUGGAGAAAAACCUUGUGUUUAACCACAUUGUGAGCGUAUUGUCUCACCUGAGUUUCUCCAGGUGUUAAGAUAACUAACACUGACCUGCCCCUGGGGUAGGGACCCAGAAUGUUUUAACAUUGUCUGAUGAAUGUGAAUUGUAUUUUUAACAGAAAUA